AUGCAGAAUUUUUUAAAAUCAACUUUAAAUAUUAACAAUAUUAUUCGUAACUGCUCAAAUGGUGUUGAUAUUAAAAGUGUUGGAUUGAAAAAAGUUAUUACACUUAAUAGACCAAAAGUUUUAAAUGCUCUUAAUCUUGAUAUGGUUAGAGAAAUUUAUCCACAAAUGAAAGAAUGGAAUACUAAAUCUCCUUGUUCACUUAUAUUAAUUAAAGGUGGAGGUGAUAAAGCUUUUUGUGCCGGUGGAGAUGUUAUUUCAGUGACAACCUCUGCCAAAUCUGGUGGUGAAAUUCAUAAAUUAUUUUUUAAAGAAGAAUAUCAACUUAAUAAUUUAAUUGGAAAAUGUAAAAUGCCAUUCGUUGCAUUAAUUAAUGGAAUAACUAUGGGAGGUGGAUGUGGUUUAUCAAUAAAUGGUAAAUUUAGAGUUUCAUCAGAAAAGACAGUUCUUUCAAUGCCUGAAACAGCUCUUGGACUUUUUCCUGAUGUCGGUGGAAGUUAUUUUCUUACACGUUUACCACAUAAUCUAGGAAUGUAUCUUGCUCUUACUGGUUAUAGAUUAAAAGGGAUGGAUGUCUUCUUUAGUGGAAUGGCAACUCAUCAUAUUGAAUCAAAGAAUCUUGAAACUGUUGAAAAUGAAUUAUUAAAUUUAAAAGAUGAUGAAUGUAAUGAUUCAACUGUAGAUAAACUUCUUAAAAAAUUUAUGCCAAAAGAAGCAUCUGUAGAGGAAAAUUUUACACUUGCACCUGUUAUUAAAAAAAUUGAAUCAAUAUUUGGUGCCGAUACAUAUAAUGGAAUAAUAAAAAAUUUAGAAAAUGAUAAUAGUGAUUGGAGUAAAUCUCAGUUAGAAAUCCUUUCUAAAAUGUCUCCAACAUCAUUAAGAAUUACAUUUGAACAACUUAAACGGGGUAAGAAAAUGGAACAUUCUGAGGUAUUUCCAAUGGAAUAUCGUCUGUCUCAAAGAUGUAUGUUAGAUCAUGACUUUCAUGAAGGAUGUCGUGCUAUACUUAUUGAUAAAGAUCGUAAUCCAAAAUGGAAACCUAGUAAUGUUAAUGAGGUUUCUGAUGAAACUGUUGAAAGGUAUUUCUCACCAUUACCCGAAAAAGAUGAAUUAAAAAUGGAAUUUUAA